CUUUGUUAAGCCGCGUAAAGUUUCGCAAAAAUCACAAUUAAUAGCCAAUUGUUUUAUGAAAAACGUUUUUAAACUGUUUUUGUUACAAAAGACAGUGUCGUGCUAUUUAAUAUUAACUCCUUUGUCAGUGUCGCAAGCGCUUGUUGUUUCAACGCUACAACUACGAACACAUUUUACGCGCCAAUUUGAGAGGCAGCCGAAAAUCUAGCACCAAAAUGGCACAAAUUCAGGAAUAUCAAGACCUGGUUUUGGAUGCACUAGAAACGGUGGAGUUCAAGCUGAUACGCGAUAAGACGGACAUCAACAAUGACGCCUUGAUAUUUCACCCUGCGAUGGCCCAUCAGAUAUUUGGUGAGUCGGAAACCAUUUUUGGCUAUCAGGGAUUACAAGUUCGCGUGCUGUACACGGCUGGACCGUUGCACAUCUAUCUGGGUAUUGAGUAUGAGAAGCGUGUAAAUGAAAUUUCCGGUGGGGAAAUCAAAGCCGAUGAUGUUGUGGCUACCAUUGCUCAAAGUCUGCCAGACGGCUGCUAUUUCAUCAAUCUCGAUGAGUUCCUGAAGACGCUGGAUAAAGCCGACAAGUUCCAGCCAUUUGGCGAGAAACUUAGCGAGUACACACAACGCGGAGAUGAUGGCAGCGAACGAGUUUUUGAAAUCUAUCAGUGCGACUACAAGAUGUCUUCAUUUUUGAAGUUCUUUGCACGCCUGCAAACGUUCAUCUUGUGGUUUGUCGAUGCUGCCUCUUACAUAGACACCGAUGAUGCCCAGUGGUGUUAUUUCAUUUGCUACGAGAAAUAUAAAAACAAGGAUGGACAAGUUCAGUAUGCCACUACUGGCUAUACCACCGUCUAUGAGUAUUAUGCGUAUCCUCAAAACAAAAGGCCACGCAUUAGUCAAAUGCUUAUACUGCCUCCAUUCCAGAAGCUUGGCUUGGCUACACAGUUGGUGGAAACGAUUUACAAGUUCUAUCAGUCGCAAAAUAAUGUUGUGGAUAUUACCGUUGAGGAUCCCUCUGAAGAUUUCCAGCGUUUGCGGAACUUUGUAGAUGCAAAAUUGUGUAUGGAACUGAAAUGCUUUACACGCGACGAAAUCUUCAAAGGCUUCAACAAGGAAAUGGUGCGGGAAGCACGUGAAGCUUUGAAAUUGAAUCCACGUCAAGUGCGCAAGGUAUACGAACUUCUGCGUCUAUACUACACCAAUGUGCAUGAUGAAAAGGAGUAUAGAGCCUAUCGCUUAGAAGUUAAAAAGCGACUUAAUGCCGUUUACUAUAAGCAGCUAAAGGAUCUGCAAAAAAUGGAACGCUACAAAAUAGAUACGGAAAUGAUGCGUGCUCGUUUGCCCAACAUGAAACAACGCAUGGAACAGCUUCAGGAGGAGUAUGUCCUUAUCGAGCAAGACUAUAAAAAUACAAUUGAUAAGCUGCGGGCUUAGACCUAACAUACAUAGUAAACAAAUGCCAUUUGGGUGUUGAUUAAUUUAUUUACGUUUUUCGUUCUUCAUAUGUUGAUUACAAAAUACAAUUUGUUGCUAUAAGCCUACAGUAGGAUUCUGUCGAAUAAAUAUGUAUUAAAAAGUA